GGAGUCAGUGGUGGAAGUGAUGUCACUUGAAUCGUCUUACCUCGAAAGUAAGCGGAAGCGAAAAGAAUUUUGAAGCGGCAUUUUGAAAGAAGCAUGAACAGAUCUUACGAGAAAACUGUGACGGACUCUAAAGGAACUCUGUCAACAUUUUUCAGCUUUGAAAAGUCCCAGUCAAACUUAUUCUCCGCGGAAAAUCGAAUACCUGCUGGGGGAGGCAAAAAUCGCACCCGAUCCGGCAUGCGAUGCGUGGUAUGUGAGGACGUGUCCAGUGGCAAGCACUACGGUGUCUUUGCGUGCAACGGGUGCAGCGGAUUCUUUAAGCGAAGUGUCCGAAGGAAGCUGGUGUACAGGUGCCAGGCGGCCAGUGGGCAGUGCAUCGUGGAUAAAGCCCACAGAAAUCAGUGCCAGGCAUGCAGGCUCAGGAAAUGUCUGGAAUGUGGAAUGAACAAGGAUGCUGUCCAAAAUGAACGCCAGCCUCGCAACACAGCGAUUAUUCGGCCAGGGAGCGCUUUCGCUGUACCAAUUUCUUCAACUGAGGAAGCAUUUAAUGCUCGAAGUGACCUGAAAGGUGUAAAUUUUACGACCUUUCCUCCAAUGUUUCCUCUGCAUCAAAAGCUGGGACCUCCUCUCUUUGUGAAAAUGAAUGCCUCCAAGCUGACAGACAUUUUCGUGAGCAGCAAGGACAGAGUGUCAGCAGGCUUGGGAGAAGCACUGAAAAAAGAAGCUUUUUGUCCUCUGAGCUAUCCGAGCUUUUUCGCUCAUGAAGGUGGGAAUGAGACGCCACUGGAUGCAACUAAGAACUCGUUGUACGAGACGUCGGCUAGGAUUCUUCUGCUGGGCAUGCGGUGGGCUCGGAAUUUGCCAUCCUACUCUUCGUUGGCUCUGCAAGAUCAGGUAUCCCUGCUGGAGGAGACUUGGUCUGAACUUUUUCUGAUCAGUUGCAUUCAGUGGAGCAUGCCCUUGGACUCCAAUCCAUUGUUCGCAACCAUGGAUACGAAUUCGCCUCUAAACAACGUUCAGCAGAAGAAAUGCACACACAUUCUUCAGAAGACGUUCUCUCGUUUUAAGAUGCUGGCUGUGGACUUUUCGGAAUUCGCCUGUCUCAAGGCGAUCAUCCUGUUUCGUCCUGAUAUUGAAAAUUUGAAGGACAACCAGCAAGUGGAAAUGCUUCACGAUCACGCACAGUUGAUGUUAAUUCAUCACAUCAAAUCCCAGCAUUUUGAUUAUGCCUUUAGGUUUGGGAGACUGUUACUUCUUCUACCUUCUUUGAGACAAUUGCCGCCAGACGUUGUAGAAGCGAUAUUUUUCAGGAAGACUAUAGGCUCAACACCCAUCGUCAAACUCCUGGGAGACCUGUUCAAGUGUUAA